AUGACAACUUUGAAAUCAACAAACAAAGAGCUGAAAGGAAUGAUGAAAACUGUGAAGAUACAAGACAUUGAUAAUUUUCAAGAUGAAAUGAUGGACAUAAUGGAUAUAAGUAGUGAGACACAAGAAUCUCUUGGUAGAAUUUAUUGUGUGCCAGAUGAUAUUGAUGAAGAUGAUCUCAUGGGUGAACUUGAUGCUUUGGAGGCAGACAUAGGUCAAGAAACUGAAGGUGAAGGGGUACCUUCAUAUCUUCAACCUGAUAAUGAGCCCGAUCUGAAUGAAGAGCUUAAUCUGCCUUCAGCUCCAAGUGGAUGUGCAGUGCCAGCUGGCAGAGUUAACAAUCAGGUAACUUUUUAUGCUCAAAAUUUGAAGUAUAAUAUUGUAGUAGUCAUUAACUAA